AUGUUGACAUCCACUACAAGUCACGCGUGUUUCGCCGCGCGCGCGCUGUGUCCUGUGCUAUCAGCCGCUGAGGUGCAAGGGAGGUCCACUGGCAAGCAGGCAUGGCAGCAGCAGCAGCAGCAGCAGCAGCAGCAGCAGCAGCAGCAGCAGCAGCAGCGGCAGCAGCAUCGUCAACCCCAGCAGCCUCAGCAGUUGCAGGAAGAGUUUGAUGGACUGCAGCAGCUGCUGCUGCUUGACCCCGGCGUGGCAGCUCAGGCGCUAGUUGCGCCGCCAAGCAACAGCUCAAGUAUUGCUGAACUUCCACAACAGUGGGAGCAGCAUCAGCAGCACCAGCACAGCCAUCAGCAGCCAGAGCCAUCCGCAGGCGCGGCACGCCAGCUUAUGGCUUCGGGAUCAAACCAUCAGCAGCAGGCAGCGGGACACGCGGCGGCGCGCCAUGAGGCAGCAACGGCGCCGGUGGCGCCAGGCACAGGUAACGCAGUCAUCGCAACGCCUCACAAUCAGCAUGGCCAACCAGCAGGGCCAUCUCCACCAAAACGGCAGUCCCAGGCAGUACACCACGCAGUGACGGCCGAGACGCACCGGCCUGCAGUGGGGCCGCUCUUCGUGGCGAUCAAGUCGACCGCGGGGAUCACAUCAGCCCUGGACCUACAGCUUGAGGCGCGCGCCGCCGCCGCCGCCAAGCCGGCGCACCAGUCGGCGCACUCCAGAGGCGCGGCGGCGGUGGCAGAAGCGGCCGCUGCUUUGGAGCGGGUGCUGGCUCAGAGGCAGCGCCCUGCUGGGUCCAAGGCCCCCCCGGCCGCUGCCACGCCAGCCACCGCGGUCGCGCCCGUGCCGACGAAUGCGACGCACAGGCCUUUGCGCGCCGCAGCAUCCAGCAGUGGCCCGACCAGCACGCCUGCCGCUACGGCUCCCCGGCUCUCCGCUUCGGCACCUGGCGCCGGCGGCAUGCGCAGUCGCCCGCCGCACGCGCCACGUGCCGUCAUCCUUUCGCCAGUCACAGCAAUCUCUCUGGCAGGGCUGCCCAAGCCGGGCGCCACAACGCCCGCCACUGAGCGCUCAAUGCGGGCUGCCAAGCACGCGGGAUUGGCUACAAAGCCGGGCGCCAAUACAAUUUCCUCGUUGGAGGCAGGGCGCGAGCAGAGGGCCGCCGCAUCACCGGCCGCGGGGCAGGAGGCGAGCCGGGCGGCGGCAGCGGCUGGCGCCAAGGAGGGGCCGUGGGCAGCAUCAAAGCCCGUGCCAGCGGCGGCGCCAAGCAAGGCUGCUGCUAAGCCAGUUCACACCGCGGCGACACCAGGCCCUGCAAAGGGAGCGGGUGGUGCCGCCCCAGAUGUUGAGACACAGGGGGCAAACCCCUUGCUCAAGGUGCAUCUCAAGGCUACCUUUUCUGUGCAAGGCUCGCGCCCUCCGCAAUCCGCAAUGGUGAAGGUGGCCGCGCACACCCCACAUGCAGGUGUCCCGCCGGCGGCCGGCAAGCAGCCCCUGACGACCGCGCUGCAUCUGCCAGACAAGAAGCCCUUGAAAGGCGCCCAGACCGAUGCCACGGCGACGCAGCUGCCCACGUUGGCGCCGCGCUCGGCUGCGCCGCCUGCCGGGCCCCGGCUUUCGGCGCUUGCUGCCAGCGUUGCCUCGAGGGCCCCUGCAAAGCCUGGCGUUGUGCACCCUUCCACAGCGUCUGCGUCAGCGGCAACAGCUCCGGCCAAGCCGAGCGCCGCCUCGGCGAUCACCACAACAGUCACGGUGCCCACAUUCAAGCCCCGCCCAGUGGCAGCCUCAAAGCCGGCAUCAGAGGUGGCGGCGGCCCCACAGGAGGUGCCCGAUAAUCCCGCAUCAGCGCCAACGGCGACCAUGCCAGCCUCGGAGCCAUUAGAUCAGCAGGAGUUGGCUGCGCCCCUGCCCGGCAUCUCGGGCAUCUUGGAUGACAUGUUGGCGGCGCACCACCCCGCCGACGACAUCUUUGGGGCGGCGAAAGCGCAGGCGGCCCUGCUGCUGCCCGGCGGCCUGCUCGUGAGUGACCUACUACUGUCAGACACAGUGCCUCUUCUCGCGCCUCCGCCGCCGCCGACGCCGCCAGAGGUGCAGUACUGCCAGGAGGACGGCGUCGAGUGCUGCCUGCCAUCCGGCAACGCCACAUGCCCGGCCUGCGACCCGGCCAUAGAAGCCGCCGGGCGGCUGCGCGGCUGGACGUCCCUCUGGGGCUGCAAAGGGGAGCUCUUUGCGUCCGCCGGCACUGGCCCGGCUGGCCGGCUGUACGACUGGUCUUGGGCCGGCUUUGCAGGCGGGGACGCGCCGCUGCCGGCGCUGGCGGUGGCGGCGGACGUGCGGGCGGACUUUGGGGCGGUCGGGGACGGCGUGGCGGACGACAGCCAGGCGUUCCUGGACGCGAUCGCGAGCGUCAAGGACCGCGCGGUGCUGUUCAUCCCAGAGGGCACGUACCGCAUCACAAAGCAGAUCACCAUCCCCAGCCGCAUCGUGCUCCGUGGCGCCGGCCGCAACCGCACGACGCUGCUAUUCCCGCAGCCGCUGUCGGCGGUGUACGGACUGAAGGAGCGGCCGGGGGGAACGACUGAGUACACGCGGGGUCGCGCCUGGAUCCAGUUUGAGGGCAUCGAUCGGUGGUUUGAGGACCAGUACCAUCUGGCCUCAGUCACCCGCGACGCCUCACGCGGGGACACCCGCCUGUGGCUGGACACGGUGUCAGCCAUCACCCCCGGUCAGCUGCUGCUGUUCACGCUCGACAACCCUCAGGAUGGCUGCCUGCAGGCCGCCAUGGCAGGCGGACAUCUUGACGGCCGCGAUGGCCUGGAGCGCCAGCCUGCAGAGGAGGGGAUGGUCCGCUUCGUCGCACGCGCGACGGCCGUCGACGCCGCCGCUCGCGCGAUCGAGAUCGACCGCCCCCUGCCGCUCGACGCGCGGCUGGUGUGGCGGCCGCGCGUCUCGACGACGGGCGGCUUCAGGCGCACGCUGUGCGGCGUGGAGCACCUCACAAUGGCGCUGCCUCACAGCCCUUGGAAGGGGGUGGGGCACGAGAAGGGGUACAACCUGCUGGGUUUUGCAUCUGUUCAAAAUUCCUGGGUGCAAGAUGUUGGAUUCCGAAAUGCCGAUCUGGCGCUUGUGUUGAGGGACUGCUCGCACUUUACAAUCAAGGACGUCGCACUCACGGUUGACAAGAGCAGGUCCGCGUCAGGAGUCAGCGGCACUCGCGGCAUCUGGGUCCACAACAGCCGCGAAGUCCUGUUGACCGACUUUGACUUCUCAACGCGCUUCUGGACAGACGUCUCAGUGACGCGUAUGUCAACAGGUGUCGUGGUGACUGAUGGGAAGGGGGUGGACUUGUCGGUUGGGACCGAGAACUCGGGGCCCUAUGGGCUGCUCAUCAACCAGGUUGACUUUGGAAAAGGUGAGAGCGCGGUGCGCACGUGA